AUGCCGGCCGAAGGAGUCUGGAUUUCCCCCACCGGCCGCAAAUCAUUUAUCCCCCUCGAAAACAACCCCGAAGUCUUCACCAGCCUCGUCCAUGAUCUCGGCGUCUCCCCCGACCUUGGCUUCUAUGAUGUCUAUAGCCUCGAUGAGCUGUAUCUCCUUUCUCACAUCCCGCGCCCAGUGUACUCCCUCAUAUUCAUAGCGCCCAGCGACAUGCAAACGGCUGUCCGCCAAGAAGACGGGCUGCCCAAGUCCGUCACCAACGGCGGCCUCACGUAUGACAAGAGCGGCCCAGACGAGCCCGUGGUUUGGUUCCUGCAGACAAUCAGCAACGCCUGCGGGCUAUACGCCUUGGUUCACUCGGUAGCGAACGGGGAGGCGAGGCAGUUUGUGAGCAAGGACUCCGUGUUGGACAAGGUGAUUGAGACGGGGUUGCCGCUGAAGCCCCAGGAGCGAGCAAAGGGCUUUUAUGACAAUCAGGAACUAGAGGAGGCGCACAUGCGGGCGGCGAGGCUUGGCAGCUCUGAAGCGCCGCCAGCGGAGGUUCACGCUGGACACCACUUUAUUGCCUUUGUGAAAGGCAAGGAUAGUCAUCUCUGGGAGUUGGAGGGCACCGCGGAUGGACCGAUUGACCGCGGAGCCCUAGCAAGUGACGAUGACAUGUUGAGUGAGAGGGCCUUGGAGCAGGGCGUGAGGAGGUUUAUGAAGUUUGGCGAGGGAAACGUCAACUUUAGUAUUGUAGCUUUGGCCAAGAAACAGUAA